UCCAAAGAGAAAAGAUGGACCCUGAAAUUUAAGUGUAAACCUUACCUUAACCACGAUCUCUGUGGGUAAAACAUUUAGGCGGGAAAUAUUACCUCUCCCUCCCAAAAUCUCUCGAACCCUCACAAACCUCUCUCUCUCUCUCAACAUGGCCGAGGUUCGGCGGUCUAGCCGCGUGGCGCAGCCGGCGACGGAGGUCCUCACCGGGAAACAAAAGCGGCCGGCGGAGGAAGACGUAAAGAUGGCGGCUUUGGACGAUGAGGAAAAGGAUCAAGACACAUCAGAGGCGGAUAUUGCGAAGCUUCGUAAGCGAUGGGAGCUGGCCUCCGUCUUCAACUUCUUAACGGUGUUUGAGCCAGUGAUUGGGAAGCUCUGUAAAGUAUCGGCGGAGGAAAUCGAGAUGGGUUUGGUAACCCCAAACGAUUCACUUGCUCGGCUUCACAUUGCAAUUCUCAAGGGAAUACCACCAGCGAGUAAAAUAUUAGAUGGUUCUGAUGCAUGGGUGACUGUUCUUUGUAAGAAACUUGUUGAGUGGUGGCCAUGGGUUGCUGAGGGGGAGAUUCCACUUGUGGUAGCUAAAGGAGAGGAAGUAUUGCACUAUAAAGGACUUGAUCCGACAGAGCGUUUACUAAUGUUAAAGGCACUCUGUGAACUCCGAGCCGAUCAAGAUGAUGCAGCGGCUUUUAUUAAUGAUGCUCUGAAACAAGGAACUGAAAUUUCUUCAUUCCGCAAAGAUAAGAUAGGAGGAGAUGAAAAGAGAACUUCUUAUUGGUACGAUGGAAAUACAAUAACUGGUCAUAGGUUGUACAAGGAAGUAACUAUCAUUGAGUCAAAGACAAAAGUUAAGGGAAAAGGGGGUUUGAACCUACCAAAUACCAAUUUCCAGUGGGAAACACUAGCAACCAAUCUUGAGGAAUUUCAGGAAGUUAUGGAUGAACUCUCAUCAAGCAAAAUUGCAGGAGAACGUGAUGCCGCCAGGAUUAUUGAAACUGAUGCUAUUCCUGCUCUUGAGAAACUCCAGAAGAAGAAAGAAAGGGAACUUAAAAAGAAAGAAAGGCAAGAGAGGCAGCAGAAUCUUUUGACAAACUUUUAUGGUGCUGGAAUUACACGUUCUUGUCGCAACCGGAGGCCUGUCAACUACACAUUUGAUGACUAUGACCGGGUCAUUCAUGAGGCUAUAAAAAUCACAAAUAAGAGGAAAUCUACUGAAGAGAAAGUGCAAGAAAGGAAGAGUAGAAGAAAUGGCACAGCUAACAAUGACGCUCCAGAAAGAGACAAAAAUUCAGAAGAUUCAGAUAAAGAAAUUGACUCUGCAAACAGUGAUAAUAACCAUUCUGGUAUGAAGGAUAAUGAGGAUUCUGGUAACAAUUCUAGUAACACCGAAAGCGACAUGCUUGAAGAUGCUGCUGGUGAUGAGGAUGAUAACAAUUGGGAUGAUGACACCAAGGAUGAGGAUACGGAUGAAGAAGAUGGUAAUUCCAGUGACAAACGCAGUUCUAAGCAAGAGAAGAACAACGCUCAGGCUGAAAAUUUUUCCCAAAAAUGGGCUGGUGGUGUGCGCUGGAGUUCAAGACUAGCCGGAGGCACUAGUUGUCAAGUUGUGGAAAACAGGAACUCAGAUGUUAAGAACAGGUCGAGACAAAGACCUGUCUGCAACUCUGCCCUAGACUCUGUUGUGAUCCAAGACUCUGAGGAUGAGAACUCAGAGGGCCAUGAAAACAGUGAGACUUCGGAACAUGAAAAUGCAUCUCGAGAUAUUGAUCCGGAAGAAGUCAGUGAAAGCUAGAAGUUUCCUGAAGCAAAACCUGUUACGAAACAAGGUAUAUAGCGGAAGAUGCUCAAGUUUUUGUACUACGGAAAACACAAUUUUGUAAAUCCAUUAGACCAUUAUGAGCUCUUGUUUUGUAACCCAUGGUAUCAUGCCUCAGUUUCAGACUGAUUACUUGAUGCAGUAUGCAGCCUAGGUUUUUUGCGAAAUCUUUUUCUCAAUUAUUCUCCUUCAA